AUGGAAGAGAUACGGAGUAAAACUGAUACUCCAUUCAACAAUAAUGUCAUAAAGGGCGGGUUUGCAACGUAUUUCGGCUUAGGUUCUUUGAAUACCUUUGGCAACAUUUGCAUUUAUGUUAUUAAUUAUAUGAGGGUUUUUGGCCAGGACCACAGGGCUGCCUAUAAACACUGCAUACUCAUCUACUCUAUAAUGGUGAUAGUCCAAAGCUUUGCUGCCGUAAUGGGCUGCCACCUAGAACAAAAUAUUGGACCCCGAGAUACGAUACUAGCUGGCACCUUUCUGAUGAUGGUCGGAUACAUCAUUUCCUACUGGACAGUGUCCAGUAUGUUUUUUUUCACGAUGUCUUAUUCUAUACUGUGCGGUCUAGGAUCAGGAAUUUGUUAUCCCGUUCCCAUGAGCAUUGCGGUAAAGUGCAACCGGAAGAAGGAGGGUUAUUCUUGCGGAUACAUACACUUGGGCGGCGGAUUGAGUGCCAUAUUCUUCACCCCGAUGCAACUUAUGUGGAUGAAUCCCGGCCUAAAGGAGGUACACUUCGAGGACAAUUUCGAGCAUAUAGAAUCUAGCAUUGAGGACAUGGGAAUGCUUUCGCAUUUACCUUCUUUGUUCAUCAUAGAAGCCAUAAUUAUUGGGCUUGUCCAAUAUUAUGGAGCCAAUAAAAUUGGCCGCGCCGCCUACGAACACAACAUUUGGGAUAAGGAAUCAGUACUGGAUAAGUAUAUAAAACCAAUAAAUGAUUUCUUUGGAAAUCUAUCCACCUGUGGCCCGUUAACUAAAAUCGUCAAGGAUGGCGACGAGGACAAACUGAUUAGAAGCGACUUGUCCAAACCAUUGACAGUCUAUGAUCUACUUUCCAGUGUCAAAUUCUACAAGAUAUAUUUAUCCAUGCUACUGAGUUGGCAAUCUGUCAUUAUUGCCCACUCUUAUUGGAAGAUACUUGGGAUUGGUAAAUAUAAGAUAAAUGACGGGCAGGUAUCUAAUAUUGCCCUAUCCUGUGCCGUGGCCAGCCUGGUUGGUAGAGUUUUUUGGGGCAUAGUUUCUGAUAAAUAUGGUUGGAGGAUGUCUUGGUGCUCAAUAAUAAUGAUGGUCGUCGUGUUAUGCUCGACUUUCAAGGAAGGACUUAUGUUCAAUCUAUAUGCAUAUGGGUUGUGGAUUACGAUGGUCUACUUUGCACAUUCCGGAUGUUAUACACUUACACCUUUGGCAACAUCUGAUAUCUUUGGAUCCAAGAACUUUGCACCAGCCUUUGGACUCCUUUCAACUACACGGGCAUUUGCUGGAAUAUUAACGGCUUUGUUGACCUUUCUUGUAGGCACUCUAUACACCAUCGACUUGAUGCCCUUUGUCACCGCCUUAAUGAGUAUCGCCUCACUUCUAGUCUUCAAAACAAUUUAG